UUCUCGGGAAUGCAACGCAGAGGAAACUGAGUCACUAGUAGGGUGCAUUAAGAUCCCAAGGAUCGUCGCGACCCUAAACAGUAGCGACUCUAGUGUCACUUAUGUAUUGGAGUGAACAUGGAGACAGUGCUGUGCGCGUUAUUGGUGUGUGCCUCGGUGUGUGUGGCCGCUGGGCAGGACCCAGACUCUUAUGACAGAAUGUUGUGGUGGCAUGCCUGUCUGCUGAGGGGGCUGCCUGUCAUGUAAGGGCACCACUACAGUCGCCACCAGCGUGUCAAACGUGGGAUGUACUAGUGAAGAGCUGUGUGUAUUAUCCCUAAACUCAGGAAAAAAAAUAAUGGAUAAUAGAUAAAUACUCGCUUUGUAUUCAACAAUAUGCCGUGGAGAGAAGCACCACCAUUACUGGUAGGCAGUCCAUGCUGUGACCUUAGUGAAUUCAGGCUGUGUGGACAUAACAAAGAAUCAGGCUCAAUAUACAUCCGGCCAAGUAAGGCUGCCAUACUGACCUUUGGGAACCCACCAGGAAGUAAGCAGCCCCCACCAGGACGUAGCAUCCAUGAAUGCGUGAUUUCCAUAACUACCCGAGAGAACUUUAGCCUGUCUGCUGUGGUUGAGGAGAUGAGUAUUGCAGCAACACACAAUAAAAAAACUCAUGGUUGGGAGUGUGAUGGAGACUACCUCAAGAUCAGCACUGUUGGGACUUCAUUAUUUUCAAAGCUUUUGAAUAUCAUUCCUGGGGACUUCUUUAGAAGUAAGAAGACUGAUAAGCUCUGUGGAAUGAGGAAAGGAAAGCCAAGGUUCUCAGAAGUUGGUUCCAAUGCUGAUGUAUUCUCCACUAUUGCCAACAACAUGGAGGUGAUGUUCCAUCAGUCAGACAGCAAGUCAUCUCCAGUCGACAAUUAUUUCAGGAUUGUCAUCACCUCCUUUAAAUAUGUAAAGAAUGCUGGUGCAUUUUCAGAUGCCUGCCAGGGGAUGUACCAUUGCAGAGGAUCAGAGAAUUAUUGCAUUGGUAAAGAGUAUGUGUGCGACACCCACUACAACUGUGCAGGACCACGGGGUGGAGGGGAUGAAUCUAGAUGUGAAGUUCCAGGAUUUACCAACAAAAUAUUCUCCACCACAACAACUAUAAUAACCAGCCUGGCAAGCAUUGUGGGUGCUGCCUUCUUGCUUGGAUGUAUCAUUACUCUGGGGAAGAAAAUGCGCUCCCAGAGUUCUUCACAGUCCAGAUCUGUCACUCCUAGAGCGGGACGGCUGUCAGAGAUGUCUGACCCACCCUUGCAGCGACAGCACACUUUACCUCCAUAUGAGGCAGUGGUGAUGGCUGAUGCUGACCCAAGCUGGAAGAGUAGUAACCCAGAGAGCCCAGGAACUGGUGAACUCCCUCCUAAAUAUGAAUCUCUCUUUCCUGAUGGGCCACCCAUUCCCACAGAUCAUACACCCACAGCUCCCUCCAUCGGAAAUAAUCAGCAGGAACAAAGUCCACACACUGCUAGUUCUCCAGGGGGGGAAUCUUAGAUAUACAUUGUCAAAUGUAUUUAUAUUAGUAUAUUUUUUUGUAGAGCAGGUUUUUGUGAUUGAGACAACUCAGGAUGGGUUUUUCUUUUUAUAUAUUUUAUACAGAUUUAAAAUUAUUUACUUCAAAUGGUGAUUUACUUCCUACAUAAUAUAAUAUUUUUGAAGACAGCCUAAUCUGUAAGUAUAAUUUGUGUGAGAAAAAUGAGAUUAUGCAGAUAUUAUUUCAAAAUUUUUUGGCAUAUUUCUGCUGCACUACUGACCCUUGUGCAGUACAGUGGAGUUAGGAUCAAUUGUCUUUCCGCAUAGAGGCCUAGAUAAUAAGAUGUGAGGGAGUGUUUGUGAAUAUGUAUAUGUAAAUGUCUUGUCAUGGUUACCCCUGUAAUUAAGGGGGAUGUCAGCCUGAUGUAUUGACAAAUAAGCAGAAGUUCUAGUAAUAAGCCUAAAUCUUUAAUGUCCAAACCAUUAUAGGCAAGAGUAAAAGCCGUCAUAAAGAGUGGAACUCUAGUACAAAAUUAUGUGCAGGAACAGUCAGUCUUAACAGGAAGUAUACCUAGCAUCCAGUCAAUAAUCAGCAUAAUCACUACUAAUUAGCUUAUAUGUAUCAAGAAUAUGCUUCCUUUCUUUCUUUUGUGUAGUUUUUUCUUAUCAUUGACUUCAAAAUACCACAGUGCCUCACCAUGAAGUGUAAUACCAUCCAAAUAUUUGUUUUUUAUACUGUUCAUAGUUGGUCAUUAGAAAAAAAACCUGUUACAUUUUCUUUCCUUAUACAAAUGUUCUAGUUAUCCAUCAUAAUUUCUUAUCAAUUAUAUUGCAUAUUCCAUAGUCAUCUUAAGUCUUCAGUUUUAUUGGUUUAUUCCUUCAUGCUGAAAACAAAAUUUUUUCUCUCUCUCUCUCUUCAAUCCAUUGCUGAUACCAAGGGUGGGUUUUUGAGCUGGAACUUUUAUGAAGACUUGUACUUAUUUUCUUGAGUAUUUAAUUCUGUUCUUUUAGUUGCCUACUGCAAACUGUGAAGAUCAUAAUUUUUCACUCUCUCGCUCUUGGAAUAAUUACCCCAUAUUGGGUUACUGAUCAUACAGUGUUGACAAAUAUAUAGUGCUUCCUUUGUAAUCUGUAAAGAAUGAGCUUGUGGACACUGCAUCAUUUGACUAAUCAAUAUGGUAUGCUUAAAAACAGUCUUGUUUUAGUGUGAGAGAGAGAGAGAGAGAGAAAGAGAGAGAGAGAGAGAGAGAUUCAGUCUCAUUACCCUUCCAUUGUAUCACCAUUCAUGAAUGCCAUUAUCAAUAUACUUAAGACUUGUACCCUGUCUUAUACUUAUACAUAAAUUUAGAAAAGAAAAUAUCUUCCGUCUGUAUGUGUGCCUUCAUCGUCAUCAUCAUUGUUUUUAGAAUAUUUGUUCCUGUUGAGUCUACAACCCAGAAGCUGUCCCCAACAAGACAUGCAGCAGUCCAAGAAUAGGGAUGAAGUACAUAGAGAAAUAGCAUCAGGGAGAAUAAUACAGAGGUAGCUACCCCUGUACAGAUUCAACAUAACUUGCCUGCAGGUUGUAUCUUGAACUGUUCCAAAGCCUACUAUUGUAUAGAUUUCCAGCAUUGGAACAAAAUUGGUAGUAAACUCAGGAAGUGCCAUGCUAGUUAUUGCCACUUUCUCUUGGGAAUUUCAGGAAUUCUGGAUUGCUGUCUAGGUUUUGGCUGCUGUAAAGUUUGUAUGGAAGUGUCACCAUUUUGUUGGAAGGUUCUGGAGACAGGCCUAUAAUCUUGAUUUAUGGUAUGGGUUGUGGUCAAGCCUUCAGAGAUAGCAAUGGUACCAAACUGGAGAGCAACACCAUGACAUUUUUAUUGCUAUGGCAGUGUGGGCGGCAAUCCUCCCAUACCCAAGAAUAUCUGCCAUUUGGAUGGAAUAAUAUAAAAUUAAAAUGUCUUUCAAAGGAAGACGUCAGUAGAAGUAGCCUCGACCAGUAUGAAUGACAGAGUCAAUAGCUAGUUUCUUAUCCUGGGUAGUCAGAAAGAUCUGGUACACCUUAUAAGACUGGAUGAUGUUCCUUUCCUUUGCUAAUCUAAGUCACCAUGCUAUGUGAUUAGAAAUCAAUGGGAAUCUUUGUGUAAGUUCAAAUGCAGCACAUUGUGCCAUAUUCUGUGUUUUACUCUUAAAGAUCAAGUUUACAUUGCAUACACUGAUUAUUUCUUACGAGACAUACAGAGGUCUUGAUGAGAUCCUGAUAAUAAACCAUUUGGAAGAGUAGUGCCAGUUAGAAAGACCAACCUGGUGCCUAUGUUGAAAAGAACUAGAAACCCU